AUGAGCUUGUUUGUCGCUGGCUUGGGUCGUGCAUCAAGCAAAAAGAGAAGAGUUGCAACAUUGAUCGGUGAUAUGGACGUAUCCAAAUUGAAGAUUUAUGUGCAGAAAGUGGAAGAGGAGAAGCUGAGAGAAGAGUAUAAAUCAAGAAAGCUUAGACUAGUAAUGAGUCUAGGUAGAAGAAGGGUUGUUUCGAAUCGGUCACAGUUCAAGAAACAAAUGGGCCCUGCACCAUCAUUGUCUAGUUCUCGUGCACCUAGAAAUAAAGUUGCUCUACCAGACAAGGCUGCACAUAGAGGUGCAACUUCUAUUACUAGCGGAGGGGAAAACCGCCUCUAUGUAAUCACUAGACGCCAAGAACAAGAGAACCAUCUAGAUGUUGUCAUUGGUAAGAUCAAAUUCUUUGCUUGGAUAUUAAAUCUUCGCUAUACCCAGAAGCACAUUUGUCUUUCGUAA